UGCAGUAUGAAAAAUGCUGGCCAACGAAAAAUUCACAAUACGUAGACAAUUGACGUAGGAGUGCGUAAUGCCUCCCAGUUGUUCUACAUAAAUGCAUCGAUGCUUUCUUAUGUUAUCUGAAACUUGUAUACUUGAGACCGUGAAAACAGCAAGAUCGUCCGCAUUAGUAGGAAAGCCAUUCGUGAACAAUGUUCUUCGUCACUGGAUUUUUCUUUGGUGUUUUUCUCGUCAUCGGAACUGCGGCCAGACAAAUGACUGGGGUACAUCUGAGAAUUGCCGUCAAUCACGAACCCCCAAUCUUCUCCAUCAUCCGGAAUCCAGCUAACGAGAGCUCUGUCCGCUACUCCGGUUUCACCAAGGAUGCCUUUGAAAUUCUAUCCAAUCUCCUCGGUUUCACGUAUUCUUUUGUGGAAGUUACCCCAACUAUGGUAAAAAAUAAAGGAUCAAUUGAUGCCGCCAUGAUUCAUCAACUAUUAGGAAAGACCGCUGAUAUUGACGGACGACUCAUUUCUCCAACUGCCGAACGUUUAGCGUACAUGGAUUUUACCCUGGCCAUCUCUGUUUUGAAUUUCGCCAUCAUCCAACCGAUGCCCAACAUUUAUAAUCGAUUCAUGGCUCCAAUCAAACCCUUUCAAUCAACGGUGUGGUACAUGAUUUUCGUUGCUUUCGGAGCCACCGUCAUCUUUCUCAGCGUGAUCAUGAAAUGUACCAGAUCAAACAAACUUGUACCGAUUCAAGUUAAAUCGCGAGUGGUCUCCGAGACCGUUUGGUACACGUUUAGUGUCCUAGUGGCACAAGGAGGCUAUUUCCCGUCCAGUCGUUUAUCUCUCCGUUUCAUCGCCGGUUCUUGGUGUCUGGUGGCAGUCGUCUUAGUUUACGCCUACAAUGGAACGCUGAUUUCUCACGUAUCGCUACCAAAGUACGAACCAAUUGUUAAUAACUGGGGAGAUCUCGCAGCCAAUAAGAAUCUGCGCGUCACCGCUCAAAGAGGAAGCCUUUCAGCCAAUAUCAUCUUGAACUCGAAAACAGGAUCGUUGAAAACGUUGGGUGAUUCAUUGAGACGACAUCCCGAAGAUCUUUUGGUGUCGUUACCUGGCGAGCUCGACAGGAUUUUGCAUUCGGGUUGCUGUGCUUACGUUGCAGUCAAGAGGCUAGGAGAACUCAUUGUUCACGGAAGCAUGAUGGCUCAUGGAGAAUGCAAGUUGACUAUCGGCAAAGAGCUUGAUUAUUCACAAGUUUGGACUUUUGGGGUCGCUAAAAAUUUUCCUCACCUUUCCAGCAUCAACAUAGGGAUACAGUGGAUGCGCCAAAGUGGACUCCUCACUCGAAUUGGGAAAACAUAUUUGAAACCAAUUGACAAAUGUCUGGGUAGUUCUGCUGCUCGACCCAAAAAAAGUCAAUUGACUCUUAACGAUUUGGCUGGCGCUUUUACCGUCAUUUUCGGCCUGGGAUGUCUUUUUUCAAUUCUCGUAUUUUUACUGGAGCUGUUGGUAUUGUACCUCGUUACCAAGACUUCUCCUAGCCCGGUUGCGGAAAUUACACAGUGAAAAAUGUAUUUCCAACGAAAAAAAAAGAAACCAGUAUAUGUUCCAAACGUAAACAAAAAAUGACAAGAUCUAUAGAUCUAAUAUCUCAAGAAGACACAGACGUGCUUAAUUUACGCUAUUACUCUACGCCAUACUAAUCAAUUGUUGAUGGGAUAUCCUAAAAAUUCCAUUUGAAAAGGAAGACAAACGAAAUGAUAAAAACAUUCGGUCAUUUUCAAAAUUGCUUCUCUACCUUGUAUUAAAAUUGACUGAAAUGCAAAUACACAUGAGAAAGAAUAGCCAAA